AUGAUAAAUCUGAAAUUUAUUCUUCCAGAUUUUUUUGUAUUAUCUAAAUUUCAGCAUUUUAUGGGUUUUAAUGAGUUUGAAUAUAUAAUUACAAAGCAUCAAUUUUCUCAACAAAAUUUGAAUUCAAAUUUUAAAUAGAAUCAUUCUGUGCUUUUAAUUACUAUUAAAUAUUGGAAUUGUUAAAUGAGUAAGAUUAAAUUAUCUUUUACAACUCUCCUAAUUUUAGUUAUCUUAAUUCUAGUUCUUAUUCUAGUUUAAUUAUAUACUAAUAGAAAUCUUUUGAAUUAGCAUCUAAUUCUGUGCAAUAUUUUAGAUCAUCAUCAAGUUAAUUCGAAAAAAGAUUACAAAAUUUAAUUUCAAAGUUGUGAUAAAGCUGUUAAUAGAAUAGAUGAAUGUGUUCUUUAGUUGUUGUAAGAAAGCUUGAAUUAAAAUUACUAAAAAUAUCGUUCGGAAUUUCAGGGUUCAAAAAAAAGUGAUUUAAUUAUUAUUAUUCUAAGAAAACUGCUUUUACUUUGUAUUUUUCAUAAUUGA